AUGUCAUCGUCAACACCAUUUCGGAUCAUCAUUGUGGGCGGUGGCAUCGCAGGACUGGCAGCAGCUAUAGCCCUUCGGAAGGACAACCGACAGAUUACGAUCCUCGAACAAUCUCGUCUCAGCGCAGAGAUCGGCGCUACGAUCUCACUACAACCCAACGCCACAAGGAUUCUAGAACAGUCGUGGGGGUUGACAGAUCUGCUCAACGGCUCGAACGGCACGAUCGACCACGGAUUCAGGAUCUACAAUGCUGACGGCAAGAUGGUGAAUGAAAUACCUCUACGGAGCAAGACGCAGUAUGGCGCAGACCGCAUCAUGUGGCACCGCGAAGAUCUCCACGCCUAUCUCAAGAAGACAGCUACAUCCAUCGAACUGGACGGCCAGCCUGCAAUACUGCGUACUUCGGCACGAGUAUCUCGGUGUGACUGUGAAGAAGGCAAGGUCAUACUUGAGAGUGGUGAGCAUUUAGAAGCAGACCUUGUCAUUGGCGCGGACGGCAUUCACAGUGCUCUACGUACUUCUAUACUCGGUCAAGAGGCCCAUCCCAAACCCACAGGUUCCUCGGCAUACCGGCUUAUGCUGCCAACUGCGAUUCUGAAUGAGCGCGCGCCACAAUUCUCCGCAAACAUCAACCCAGAGGAGCCCUAUACUUCUAUGAUCAUGGCACACUCCUGUCGACUCAUCAUGGGUCCUGCACGCGGCGGAUCACUUUACAGUAUCGUUGGACUGGUACCGGACGAGCAGAUGAACGAGAAUUCCGACAGAGCGCAGUCGUGGGUGACGAGAGGACACCCUGAAAAGAUGUUGGAAACAUUCAAGGAUUUCCCCAGCUGGACCAAAGAUGCACUCCGGAAUGCCGAAAGCAUAGGUCUCUGGCAGCUGCGCGAUUUGGAUCCGCUAGAUAAAUGGCACUCUGGACGCGCGAUUAUCAUUGGGGAUGCCGCGCACGCUAUGCUACCGACUCAAGGCCAAGGUGCAAGCCAAACCAUUGAGGACGCCGAAGCUUUAGGGACGCUCUUCAGUCACAUCAUUGACAGGCCAUCCAAGGACGAAGUGUCUUCGAUCCUAGAAGACGUCUUCAAAAGUAGACACGAACGUGCAAGCUUGAUACAGCGAUUCAGUCGCGAAGCUGCGAAGCCUGCAACGGAACGAGGCAGCAAUGUGAUCAAAAUCCUACCAUGCCUGACAAAGUCGCCCGAUCCGUCACCGCUCGCUCAAGCAGGUGUAGGAGAACAGUCAGCGCAAGUGUUUGCAGCAUCUGUUGGAGAGCAAAACAACCCAUACCAAUUUGACGAUGACAUACAGCUGAACGAUGUCUACCUCAACGAGACCAAUACUGAGGCGCAAGCUCUACUCGAUCUGUACAAUACCACUGGUUAUACUCAGCAUACCAUCCCGGCCUUUUUCGAACAAAUCAUGGUUCCCGCACCCGACUUUUUGGGUAGUGACUACAUGCAGCCGCCUCCAGAUCUGACAGCAUGGAUGCCAGAGACUGACUGGCUUGGUCAGAUUGACAUCUUUGGCAAUGAUUUCACUCCAACUGUUAGUCAGAUGCUAGAAGCGCAGACAUCGCAGGUGACUGCCUUGCCUUCUGCAACGCCGCCUCUUAAUACAGAUGUUUCUCACGAGAAGAUUGAUAGCAACUCCGCGAAGAGGCGCCAUGCAGUCUUCAAACAGUCUGCCUGGUUCUGGAUCCCUGAGCGUAACCAGCACGCUUUCAGCGAGCACGAAAACAUCGCUCUGGACGAGCGUAACGUCGAUCUCGCCUCGUCACCACACAUGCCAUAUUCUUCCAACGUUGUGAUCCCAGAUAAGCUUUCGCCGGCAGCCCGUGACCGCAUCUUCCAAUUGGUGUCGAAGACUGCACAGAGCCAUAUCACCAUUCCUUCUUUCCCUUCGGCAGAGUGCGUCGACAAGCUGAUCAAGGUUGGGAUUGCAAAACGUACUGAGACUGAUGCAUGGAUCCAUCCGUAUACCUUCGAAAGCGAGACUGCCCGGCCAGAAUAUCUCACUGCCUUGGUGGCAGCUGGGUGCGUAUGUUUUGGCGUACUCUCGGUGAGCAGAACAGGCUUGGCGUUACAGGAGAUAGUCCGAGUCGCGUUGAACAGGCUGUCCGAGAAUGAUAACAGUGUGAUACGCGACCUUGAAUAUCUUCAAGCUUCGAUGCUUUGGCUUGACAUCGGGGCCUUCUGUGGGUACAGGAGGAAGAUGGAAAUCGCGGAGAGUAGCUUGCAAUCUCUUGUCACGGCACUGCGGCGCGCUGGCAGAUUCGAUCACAUCCGGUAUCCUGUAGUUACACCGUCUGCCGAGGAUGGUGACGAGGAACUACAUGCAAAGUGGAAGCAGUGGGUGGAGCAAGAAUCUUACAAGAGGUUGGUAUAUCACUUGUUCGAGCACGAUAUCCACAUGACUAUGACCAAACAUCGCCCGCCACUGAUCAGUUACGCUGAACUUACGCUCAUGUUGCCUGCCUCAAAGACGUUGUGGUUGGCACCUUCAGCAGAGACAUGGCGAACGCGCUAUCUUGACAUGGACGUCGUCGCCAGCGCUCCCUCACUGCAAACACUUCUGAAAGACGAAGCUGCCAUACACUGCCUUCCUGCCACCAUCGACAUGCAGAUCGCUCACUCCUCAUAUCUACAUGGCAUUGCUGCACAGAUCUGGGAGUAUGCACAGCAAUCUGCGCUGAUGAACGAGAGCAGCGACGCCGCUUCACAGCUCUGGGCUCGAUCUCGUCAGGAAAAACUAUACCAAUACCUUCAACGCGAAGACCUUCUACCCAGCAAACAUCCAGCCGUGACUUGUCUUUUCCACCAAUUCUUGCAGAUGUACCUCCACGUCAAUCUCGACCUAAUCACGCGCUUCGCCGGCAAAUGCGGCGAGAGCGCUGCCAACAGCGCGUACACUCACCUCUCACCCUGGAGCCAAACCAAAGAAGCCAGAGUCGCAAUCUGGCAUGCUGGACAGGUAGUCCGAGCUGCGCGACAAAUCCCGCCAUACCAGAUCCGCGGCCCAGAUUCCUUCAUGUUGUACCAUGCCAUUAUGGUCCUCUGGACAUACAGCAUGAUGACGCGCGACCUAGCGAAGAAGACCGGUACUACGACGCCGAUGCGCACACGGCCAAGUUCGCUUCCGGGCAAAGUUAUCUACCUCGAUGAUGCCGCCUCUGAUAACCAGGCUGGCGUUAAUGCCUUCAUUGCUACGAACAGCGGUAUACCGUGCCUUCGCAUCAUCUCUACGCACCAGCCAGUGGCAUCGGAGUCUGGAGCGAUUGCUCGGCCCGAAAUCUGCAACCUCAAGUAUCCUUCACAGGUUAUGAAGGUGGGCGUUAUGCUUCUUGAAUCCACACAUCCUGACGUGGAUCGUGAAACUGGGCCGCCGCUCGUGCGGGCGCUUUGUGGACUGAUGGAAGAACUUGGAGGUCUGAGAUGA